UCUGCCUGGAACGCGGGGUCCAAACAGGAGUUGGCAGCUAGCGCGGCUCCAGGGUGCUCGGCGAUAUGGUGUGUGGCAGGAUCUCCCGGCUCUCGGUCCGCGACGUGCGCUUCCCCACGUCGCUGGGGAGCCACGGCUCAGACGCCAUGCAGCUGUUCCAAACCAUCUCCCUCCUCCUGCCCCCAGUCCUGCACCUCCAGCAGUUAGAAGACGUUGCCUACUGCAUCCCCAAGAAGACUGAAGACAAAUGUACCCUUGGCCCCAUCUCACACAUCAGUCUCCAAACCAACCCUCUCCUCUUUUAUUCUAGACUGAUGCAGAAGAUGGACUCCAGGGGUACGGAAUUACCUUCACUCUGGGAAAAGGCACUGAAGUUGAUUGGUCCCGAGAAAGGUGCUGUGCAUCUGGCCACGGCGGCCAUCCUCAAUGCUGUGUGGGACCUGUGGGCCAAGCAGGAGGGAAAGCCUCUGUGGAAGUUACUUGUUGACAUGGACCCCAGGAUGCUGUUAUCCUGCAUAGAUUUCAGGUACAUCACUGAUGUCCUGACUGAGGAGGAAGCCUAUGAAAUACUGCAGAAAGGUCAAGUUGGUAAAAAAGAGAGAGAAGGGCAAAUGCUGACGCAUGGCUACCCUGCCUACACCACGUCAUGCGCCUGGCUGGGCUACUCAGAUGACACCCUGAAGCAGCUCUGCACCCAGGCACUGAAGGAUGGCUGGACCAGGUUUAAGGUAAAAGUUGGUGCUGAUCUCCAGGAUGACAUCCGUAGAUGCCGACUCAUCAGAAACAUAAUUGGACCUGAGAAGAUCUUGAUGAUGGAUGCCAACCAGCGCUGGGAUGUGCCUGAGGCAGUGGAGUGGAUGUCAAGUCUGGCUGAGUUCAAGCCGCUGUGGAUUGAGGAGCCAACCUCCCCUGAUGACAUUCUGGGACAUGCUACCAUCUCCAAGGCAUUGGUCCCAUUAGGAAUUGGUGUUGCCACGGGAGAACAGUGCCACAAUAGAGUGAUAUUUAAGCAGCUCCUACAGGCGCAAGCCCUGCAGUUUCUCCAGAUUGACAGCUGCAGGCUGGGAAGUGUCAAUGAGAACCUCUCAGUGUUGCUGAUGGCCAAAAAGUUUGAAAUUCCUGUUUGCCCCCAUGCUGGUGGAGUUGGCCUCUGUGAGUUGGUACAGCACCUGAUUAUAUUUGACUUCAUAUCAGUCUCUGCAAGCCUUGAAAACAGGAUGUGUGAAUAUGUUGACCACCUGCAUGAACAUUUCAAGUACCCUGUGAUCAUCAAGAAUGCAUCCUACAUGCCGCCUCAGGAUGCUGGUUAUUCCACAGAAAUGAAGGCAGGAUCUGUAAAGAAACACCAAUAUCCAGAUGGUGAAGUGUGGAAGAAACUCCUUGCUGCUCAAGGGAAUUGAAACCCUCUUCUUUUUUAAGCGAAAAGGCUUAAAAUUUGGAGGGUAUGGCUUUAUAAAAAUAGGGGCAAAAAAAUCAUCCCACCAAUCAAAACAAAUUCAGCUGAAAGUAAUUAACCUUAGCAAUCAGCUCAGUAAUCAUUAUUACUUGAUUCUUUUAGCAUAUAAACAUACAUUCUUCUACUUAAUCCUUAAACAAAUUUAGAUUAAACUAAUUCCAAGUCCAGGAAAAUGUUAAAAUUUCUAUCAAGUGCUGGUACCUAGACAUUAAACUGUACUUUGAAAAUAAGCCACAUGUUGCAUAACUUGUUGGAACAAUUCCUUAUUCUAUUUAACUUGUCAUAAAUUAGCAGAAUAAAAAUAGUUCUGCAGCACCGUGGGGUAUCUGGUAUGCAAUAAAGAUAAAAAGAUUCCACUGGUUAACCCUGAAGUGGAUUAGCGUCUCUUUUCCUGCUCAUUCUAAGUGCAUUAUUACAGAAUUCACACCAUACUGAAACUAACAAGGCCAAAAUGCUACUUCAGACUAUUUUUUAUAACCCUUUAAAAAACCAUUUUCCUCAAUUAUAUUUUAAUGAUAAAAUGCAGCUAGAAUUAGAUGAAUCAAAAGCAGGGGAAAAUUUAGUUUGGUCAGCAUUUCUAAAAUAUGCUCUAACAUCGGCAACAUCCAAGCAAGAAUAUAGCACGUUUAUUUAGGAGGGUUCAAUUCAUGUAUUUCAGGCAGGAAUUGUGCAGAAUGGCAAUAGAGAAUUAAAAACAAAAAACCGAGAUAAAUGCUGAAAACUUCUUUAUUAUAGCAAUGUAUAAAACAAGUAACUUUAACUUGGUGUGGUUCAUAACCACACCAGUUAUACAUUGUCAUUAUUAAUGGCUCAUUCAAAUUUGGAGAAUAGCUUAUAAAACCUUGAAAUUCACUAACCUUCAUAAAAAUAUGGGACUGAAAUACCAUGUACAUGUUUUUGUUGAGCAUAUAAAUUCUUAAUCUUCUAGUCAUAAUUUCAGCAUUUUCAUACAUCCUCAAUGUGUUAAAAA